AUGACUACUUUACAGUCAGAUACAUUCGAUCCUCUCGAGGAAUCAUAUCAAGGUGGCUCCACUUUAAAUAUAGAGAAAGUAAAACAUGAUCAUGUUUCUUGGUCUAAUGUCAUUCCUGAUAAAGUAGGUCUAUACGAUCCGGACUACGAAAAAGAUGCUUGUGGUGUUGGUUUCGUUUCAAACAUUAAGGGAAUUCAAUCUCAUAAAAUCGUUUCGGAUGCUAGAUUUCUAUUGUGUAAUAUGACACAUCGUGGUGCUGUCUCUUCAGAUGGCAAUGGUGAUGGUGCUGGUAUUUUGAUUGCUAUACCUCAUGAGUUCAUGACAAGAGAAUUUAAGCUGGAUUUGAACAUUGAUGUACCAGGGCAAGGCCAUUAUGCCGUUGGUAAUGUAUUCUUUAAGAAAGAUUUUCCAACAGAACUUUUGGAAUCAUCAAAAUUAGUGUUUGAAAAAUUAGCCUCUGACUUAAAUUUGAAAGUUUUAGGCUGGAGAAAUGUCCCAUGUGAUUCAUCAAUCUUGGGUCAAGUUGCUUUAUCUCGUGAACCAACAAUUUUACAACCAAUUAUAGUCUUAUCUACUGACGAUCAAAGCGAAUCAUUCAACGAAUUCGCAUUCCAAAAGCAAUUAUAUUUACUAAGAAAAAAAGCUACUUCAGCUAUAGGCAUAUCAAAUGGCUUUUACGUCUGUUCAUUAAACAACAAAACUAUCGUAUACAAAGGUCAAUUGACCCCAUCUCAAGUUUACAAUUAUUAUCCGGAUUUGACAAACGCUUAUUUUAAAUCUCAUCUAGCUUUGGUCCAUUCUAGAUUCUCAACUAAUACUUUCCCAUCUUGGGACAGAGCUCAACCAUUGCGUUUAUUAGCACAUAAUGGAGAAAUUAACACACUGAGAGGUAAUAAAAACUCGAUGCAUGCUAGAGAAGGUGUCAUGAGUUCUGAAACGUUUAAAGACUCAUUAAACGAUUUGUACCCAAUUAUUGAAGAAGGUGGCUCAGAUUCCGCCUCUUUGGACAAUGUUUUAGAACUAUUGACCAUCAAUGGUGUACUAUCUUUACCUGAAGCAAUCAUGCUAAUGGUGCCAGAAGCUUACCAUAAAGAUAUGGAUUCGAAUUUAAAAGCUUGGUUUGAAUGGGCUGCUUGUUUGAUGGAACCAUGGGAUGGUCCUGCGUUAUUGACUUUUACCGAUGGUCGCUAUAUUGGUGCUAUGUUAGAUAGAAACGGAUUAAGACCAUGCCGUUACUAUCUAACAAAUGAUGAUAGAGUUAUUUGUGCCUCAGAAGUAGGUGUUAUUCCAAUCGACCCUUCAUUAGUUAUACAGAAGGGCAAACUGAAACCUGGCGAUUUAUUCUUAGUCGAUACGGAACAAGGUUCAAUUGUCGAUAGCAAAGCUUUAAAGAUGCAAUUCGCAAAGAGAAGAGAUUUUAAAUCUUGGCUGUCAAAAGUCAUUAAAUUAGAAGAUAUUGUUUCCAAAUUGGAAGACUCUUUACCUUCUGGUAUAUUCGAUGCUAGUGAACUAACUGAGUCAUCAAAAGUUCAAAGUGAUCCACGUUUACUUGCAAAUGGUUAUACUUUGGAACAUGUCUCAAUGUUAUUAACCCCUAUGGCUUUAACUGGUAAGGAAGCAUUGGGUUCUAUGGGUAAUGAUGCGCCAUUAGCUUGUUUAAAUGAGGACCCAGUUCUAGUUUAUGAUUAUUUUAGACAGUUAUUUGCACAAGUCACCAAUCCCCCAAUAGAUCCGAUUCGUGAAGCAAAUGUUAUGUCUUUAGAAUGUUAUGUUGGUCCACAAGGCAAUUUGUUGGAAAUGAACGCCACACAAUGUAAUAGACUGUUCUUGAAGUCUCCAGUAUUGCAGUGGAAGGAGUUUGAAGCAUUAAAACUUAUUGAAAAAGUACACCCAACUUGGACUGUCGCUAACAUUGAUAUUACUUUUGAAAAAUCUGAGGGUCUUUUAGGUUACACCGAUGCCAUUGGUCGUGUUACUUCAGAAGUUAGUGAAGCCAUCGAAGGCGGCAAAAAAAUAAUUAUUUUAACUGAUAGAGCAUUAAGUGCCAGCCGUGUUUCUUUAUCAUCAUUAAUUGCAGUUGGUGCAGUUCAUCAUCAUCUAGUUAGAAAUAGGCAACGUUCCCAAGCAGCUAUUAUAGUAGAAUCCGCAGAAGUUAAGGAGAUUCAUCAUUUUUGUGUUUUGUUAGGUUAUGGUUGUGAUGCUAUUUACCCAUACUUAGCCAUGGAAUCUCUAGUCAGAUUGAAUAAUGAAGGUUUAUUACGUAACAUCGAAAAUGAUGAAAUAAUGUUAGAUUCUGAUACUAUUUUAGAAAAUUAUAAACAUGCAAUCGAUAGUGGUAUAUUAAAAGUUAUGUCAAAGAUGGGUAUUUCUACUUUAGCAUCAUAUAAAGGUGCUCAAAUUUUCGAGGCUUUAGGUUUAGACAAUUCUGUUAUUGAUUUAUGUUUUGCUGGUACUGCUUCUAGAAUAAGAGGUGUUACUUUUGAAUAUAUUGCACAAGAUGCAUUUUCUUUACAUGAAAGAGGUUAUCCAUCGAGGAAAACCGUGUCUAGAUCGAUAAAUUUACCAGAAAGUGGUGAAUAUCACUAUAGAGACAGUGGCUAUAAACAUAUAAACGAUCCAACUGCUAUCGCCACAUUACAAGAUGUCGUGAGAAAUAAAAAUGAAGAUGCAUGGGAACUUUAUGUUAAAAAAGAAACCGAGGCUAUUAGAGACUGUACUUUGAGAGGGCUUCUAGAAUUGGACUACGAAAAUUCUAGUUCAAUCCCAGUUGAGCAAGUUGAACCUUGGACUGAAAUUGCAAGAAGAUUUGCCACUGGUGCUAUGUCCUAUGGGUCUAUAUCCAUGGAAGCACACUCAACACUAGCUAUUGCUAUGAACCGUUUAGGUGCUAAGUCAAAUUGUGGCGAAGGUGGUGAAGAUGCUGAGCGUUCAAUUGUUAGUCCAAACGGCGAUACCAUGAGAUCAGCUAUUAAACAAGUUGCCUCUGCUAGAUUUGGUGUUACAUCUUAUUAUUUGUCUGAUGCUGAUGAAAUUCAAAUUAAGGUUGCUCAAGGUGCUAAACCUGGUGAAGGUGGCGAGUUACCAGCUCAUAAAGUAUCUAAAGAGAUUGCCAAAACUAGACAUUCCACCCCAAAUGUGGGAUUAAUUUCACCUCCACCUCAUCAUGAUAUUUAUUCUAUUGAAGAUUUGAAACAAUUAAUUUAUGAUUUGAAAUGUGCAAAUCCAAGAGCUGGCAUUUCAGUCAAAUUAGUUUCCGAAGUUGGUGUUGGUAUUGUAGCAUCAGGCGUAGCAAAAGCAAAAGCCGAUCACAUUUUAGUUUCUGGUCAUGAUGGUGGUACAGGUGCUGCCAGAUGGACUAGUGUGAAAUAUGCAGGUUUACCAUGGGAAUUAGGGUUAGCUGAAACUCAUCAAACUUUAGUCUUAAAUGAUCUAAGACGUAAUGUAGUUGUCCAGACAGAUGGUCAGUUAAGAACUGGUUUUGAUAUCGCUGUUGCAGUAUUACUAGGUGCAGAAUCAUUUACACUAGCUACUAUCCCAUUAAUUGCUAUGGGUUGUGUUAUGUUAAGAAGAUGUCAUUUGAACUCAUGUGCUGUUGGUAUUGCUACGCAAGAUCCUUUCUUGAGAUCUAAAUUUAAGGGACAACCAGAACAUGUGAUUAACUUUUUCUACUACUUAAUCCAAGAUUUAAGAAAAAUUAUGGCUAAAUUAGGUUAUCGUUCCAUUGAUGAAAUGGUAGGUCACUCUGAAAAAUUAAGAAAAAGAGCGGAUGUUAAUCCUAAAGCCAUCAAUAUUGACUUAUCUCCAAUUUUAACCGCUGCUCAUUCUAUCCGUCCAGGUGUUCCAACUAGAUUUGUUAAAAAGCAAGAUUUAAAAUUACACACACGUUUAGACAACAAGUUAAUUGAUGAAGCUGAAAUCACGUUAGAUCGUGGAUUACCAGUUACUAUCGAGGCAAAUAUAAUUAAUACUGACCGUGCUUUCGGAUCGACGUUGUCUUAUAGAAUUUCAAAGAAAUUUGGUGAGAAAGGUUUACCGAAAGAUACUGUUGUGGUUAAUAUUACCGGUUCUGCCGGGCAAUCGUUUGGGGCUUUCUUAGCCUCCGGUAUUACAUUUAUUCUGGCUGGUGAUGCCAAUGAUUACGUCGGGAAAGGUUUAUCUGGUGGUACUAUCGUUAUCAAACCACCAAAAAAUUCCACUUUUCGUAGUGAUGAAAAUGUCAUUGUCGGUAAUACAUGUUUUUACGGUGCUACAUCAGGCUCUGCAUUCAUUUCUGGUAGUGCUGGUGAACGUUUUGGUGUUCGUAACUCCGGUGCAACUAUUGUAGUUGAAAAAAUUAAGGGUAACAAUGCAUUCGAAUAUAUGACAGGUGGUAGAGCAGUUGUUUUAUCACAACUUGAAUCUCUAAAUGCUUUCUCUGGUGCUACUGGUGGUAUUAUUUAUUGUUUGACGUCCGAUUUUGAUGAUUUCUCAGGAAAGAUCAACCAUGAUACAGUUGUUUUGGAAUCUCUAACUUCAACUGACGAAAUUGCGUUCGUUAAGAACCUAAUCCAAGAACAUUACAAUUUUACAAAGUCAACUUUAGCUCAUAAGAUCUUAGGUAAUUUUAACCAUUACCUAAAUAAUUUUGUGAAGGUUAUUCCAACUGAUUACAAAAAAGUAUUGGAAAAGGAAGUUGCUGACGUUAUAGUCAAAAAAGAAUUUGAGACUCAACACUAUUUAAAACAAUUUGAACGUUCCAAAGACGUUAUUGAUGCUACCAAUGGUGAUAUAGACAAAAUGCUUGCGAUUAAAAUGGCUGAAACUAUUAUUUCGAAUAAAUCUAUUUUACAUGAACCUAAGGUUUUAGAUUUAGAAGAUUCUAUUCCAGAUUCUGAAUCUAUUACAAGUAAUGUUGAAAAGGUUGAAAAAAUUAGAGGGUUCAUAAAGUAUAAGGUCCGUAAGGAAAGUUACAGAUUGGCUCGUUUAAGAUCAAAAGAUUGGAAAGAAAUUUCCAAUGCAAUUAGCAAAAAAGAUGCUAAAUAUCAAACAGCUAGAUGUAUGGAUUGUGGUACACCUUUUUGUUUAUCCGAUACUGGAUGUCCUAUAUCUAAUAUUAUUCCAAAAUUCAAUGACUUAGUUUUUAAAGAUCAAUGGAAAUUAGCUCUUGAGAAGCUUCUAGAAACCAACAAUUUUCCAGAAUUUACCGGUAGAGUAUGCCCAGCUCCUUGUCAAGGAGCAUGUACUUUAGGUAUAAUUGCGGCUCCAGUUGGUAUCAAGUCAAUUGAAAGACUGAUUAUAGAUAAUGCCUUUAAGGAAAAAUGGAUUAAACCAUGUCCACCAGAGAUUCGCACAGGAAACAGAGUUGCCAUAAUUGGAUCUGGUCCAGCUGGUAUGGCAUGCGCCGAUCAGUUGAAUAAAGCUGGUCAUUUUGUUACUGUUUAUGAAAGAGCUGAUCGUUGUGGUGGUUUAUUAAUGUACGGUAUUCCAAACAUGAAAUUAGAUAAAAAAAUUGUUCAAAGGAGAAUAAAAUUAUUGGAAGAUGAAGGUAUUACAUUCAUUACCAACACUGAAGUUGGUAAAGAUAUCCAACUAUCUCAAUUGAAGUCGCAAUUUAAUGCUAUAGUGUUUACCAUUGGUUCCACUAUUCCAAGGGAUUUAAACAUUAAGGGUCGUGAAUUGAAGAAUAUUGAUUUUGCGAUGACAUUACUAAAGGACAACACUGAAGCUUUACUAAAGAAAGAUUUAGAAACUGUUCGUGCAUCAUUAGAAGGUAAGAAAGUUAUUGUAAUCGGUGGUGGUGAUACUGGUAACGACUGUUUAGGUACUUCAGUUAGACAUGGUGCGGCAUCAGUUUUGAACUUUGAACUGUUACCACAGCCUCCAGCCGAACGUGCUAAGGAUAAUCCAUGGCCACAAUGGCCACGUAUAAUGAGAAUAGAUUACGGUCAUGCUGAGGUCAAAGAACAUUAUGGUAGAGACCCUCGUGAAUACUGUAUCUUAUCAAAGGAAUUCAUUGGUAACGAACAAGGUGAAGUCAAGGCAAUCAAGACUGUCCGUGUUGAAUGGAAGAAAUCUGAAAGUGGAGUAUGGCAAAUGAUUGAAAUUCCAGGUAGUGAAGAAACUUUCGAAGCAGAUGUUGUUUUACUGUCAAUGGGUUUCACUGGUCCAGAGUUAAUCAAUGACGAAAGUAUCGUCAAAAAUAAAAGAGGUACUAUUGAGACAUUGACAGCUUCUUCUUAUUCAAUUGAUGGUGAUAAGUUAUUUGCUGCUGGUGACUGUAGAAGAGGCCAAUCCUUGAUUGUUUGGGCUAUUCAAGAAGGUAGAAAGUGUGCCGCAGCUAUCGACCAACACUUAAUGGGCAAUACUUAUUUACCAGGCAAUGGUGGUAUUGUGAAACGUGAUUAUAAUCUGUUAGAAGAAUUAGCAUCAAAGAUAAACUGA